CUAAUAAUCCGUCAGCAGCCUGUUGCUGCGCGUGCGUGCGGCUUCGGCGAGCGGGAUCGCAGAGUCAUCGAUCCUCCACCAAUUCUACAGCUCGAGAUCAUCAAUGCUGAGACCGGCCAGCCAGAGCAAGAUUACAACGCUUUGCUGGCGUUGCAUUGUACCCUCAUGGCUCCGGAUACCGAGCGUGAUGAUACGGAGGUGCAGCCGACCACGGCGGACUCUCAAGCGACACGCCGGCUGAUGGGUACGUUGGUGGCAUCCCCGUACCCGGCUAAAGACGAGCACGGUACCGCUGGCACAUUCUUCGUCUUUCCAGAUCUCAGCUGUCGCUCGCCGGGCAACUACCGGCUCCGUUUCAACCUUCUGCGCAUCGAUCCUAUGGCCAUGUUACCUGGCGUAUCUUCUCCGAGGGUCGCCGUCGUCACCACCGACAUCUUCACCGUCUACACGGCCAAAGACUUUCCAGGUAUGCGUGCCAGUAGUGCGUUGCUGAAGGCACUGCGGAGACAGGGCUUGAAUGUAGGGGUCAAGAAG